AUGUCUUCUCAGCAGAGACCACCAAGGCUCCAUCCACACUUCCCUGUGAGUAAUUCGAUCCACCUGAAUUUGGAGCACAUCACUGACGCCGUUAAGUUGCGAUUCAUUGCUCCUCUUCCAGUCCGAGUCAAGAGAGACCGGGCUUGGGUCAAGGUCGACGGAACUUUGAAGUACGCCAUCUUUGGGCGGAAACGGAAGGCGUCCUUCGAUGCGUACGAUGCAUUUGAGGUCUCUUACAAGCGGCGAUAUCUCGAGAACUGUGUCUACGAUCGAGUCGAGGCACUUAUGUCCAUCAGGCCCAUCAUCAAACCAACCUCAGUUCUGAUCAAGUCCGAGGCAACUGAAGAGGUCAAGCCCAUUAGUGCCAACGUCCAAAAAAUCCCAGCGCUCAUCAAGUCUGAGGUUCUUGAGACCAAGUUUGUGAACAACCUCGUUUCAACUAUCCACCCUACCACGUCUAUCUCUCAAACAUUUACGCAAGGUCACAGAUUCAUCCAAUGCCGUGUCACUGGAUACAAGAGACUGCGCCAGAAGAUGGAUGACUUCGAGAGUAUGUGGGAUGCGAAGGAUGAGCAGCGCUGGAACGCAUGGUGUGAGAAGGACGCAGAUGAGAGAGGCCCCAUGAAGGACUAUGAGGACGGCGAUAGUGAUUGUGAGUGGGAGGAAUUCAAGGCGAAGAGGCGUUGA